UGAGAAGCAUGUAGAAGGCGGAAACUGCUGCGCUCCCUUUUCGCUCUCUCCUCACUCUCUCCGUUUCAUCGAGGGUUCCAAAUCUAGUGUUCCUCGUUCCAUCAUCCCCUGUUCUUCUCGGGCUCUUGGAUUUGGUCCGGAGAUGGAGCCAAUCGCUUCCGCUCUGGAUACGAUCAAGGGUUUCGUUCAAUCCGGUGAGCAAUUCGUCAAGGGCGCAUUCCAGAGGUGCUUCGAUCCCCACCGCAAGAACCCAAUAGAGAUUUUAAAGCGUUUGCAACGGGAAACAUUUUCUGAUUUGAUGAAGAUAAGAGAUAGACAAGAUAAAGUUGAACGCAUAAUUUCUUCAUUCAUGUCUGGCAAAGGAAGCCCUUUCCAUGAAGCUAGCACACAGUUGAAAGGGAUAAUCAACGUUGAUGGUGCUUUGCUUUUUCAAGAUGAUCAGCAAGCAUAUCAUGCUCUGGAUAGUUCCAGAAUAAAUACUGGCAUUGAUGCAAGGUUUACUUUUAAGAUUAAUCUUAGACAGAAAGAUGCUUUGUUUGCAGAGUUUGCAUCUCACCAGAACACGUAUCAUGGCAAUGGAGUUACUGGCAGCCCUCUUGUACUGUCAAAAGUGAUGUAUCUGGCGAGUAUCAGUGACUCGCUGUCUGUGAUUUCAAUACCAUAUGGAGCUACUUGUAAUGAUUUCCUAUAUGAUUCAGAUCAUACACAGGGUGAGUGCCUUACUGUUAGACCACCUUUGUUCAAUUUGUAUCAUGCUUGUGCGGUCGGCUUAUCUGUUAAAACAUCAAAUUUUGCUGCUGGUUUUGCUGAACUGUUCUCUGGUUGGAGAACAGAGAUGGGUCCUGCUAGUCACAGUAAUAAAUUGAGCACGUUUGGGCAAAUAUCCUUUCAAAAUUUUGGAGAAACAAGACUCACACUGUCUGGUGUGUGGCACAUGCCAAGAUCGUUCUCUCUUCCAAUUAGGCUUUGCCGUUGCGGAUCCUGUUCUAAACCAGAUGAAAUGGAGCUAGCAUUUCCUGUCACUGGAAGGCGGUCAACAGGAAGUUCUGGUGGAUCCAUCUAUAUGUCAAUAGAUAUUGAUGAAAGUUCAAAAUUUGGGGUCUGGUUUGAGGUACAGAAAUUAAACCCAACUAUAACAAAGUGGGCUUUCUCCUUGUCUGACAUGCCAGAAAGUGAGAUUGGAUGGGGCAUUACAGUGGAAGGAAGCUCGAAAGGACAAUCUAAUUCAGUUAUGUUGGAGAGUUAUCUAAAUUUUAGUGUGGGCAAAAAAGCCAGUUUGCAGCCAGGUCUGGCCUUUAUCAUUGACGAGAGAAGUCGAGCACCUGCACUGGUGUUUCGGUCUACGUGGUCUUUUUGAAUUUUUUUUUGUUAAUGAAAGCUUAUCAUUAGUCAUGAAAGGUUGGAAAUUACGGUGAUUCUGAGGUUUAGUAGGCACUUAAUCCUCCUGAACCAGUCCAUCACAACACUGAUACAUGAGUAGAAGUGCAAGUUCAGGCAUCAGGAAUUCUGAUAGUUUUUCUCAAGGAAUUUUGAGUUUAUGGACUGCUAGAGACUUUCAAGGAUAUGAUGAGAUGAACUUUGUCGGGGGGAUUAAAAUUACUAUGCUGACUAUGUUAAAUAUGGUCAGUACUGUCCCACAUGGUCUGCAAGACUAUUACCAACUUCCAUUGGAAAAGUAAAAUUUGGCUAAUUAUUUUAAUCUAGCAAUUUAUAUUUUCAUUGGCAACUCUGCUCAGAUGAUGUAUUGGUCAAACCUGUGAAUUCAUUUAUAUUGCAAGUUCAA